AUGUACGAAGACGACAACGAAUGUUUACCAAUACCUCGACGUUCGUUAGUUAAUCGAAUAGUAAAUCAUUUUGAUUCCGAUAAUGAAAAUUCUCCUUUCGAACAACGACAAUCACGUUUAUUUCUUAAUACCUCUAAUAGUACAGAUAGUGGUGUUGAUGAAAAUAUUCAAACAUCUAUAGAAUUAAUUGCUUUAUAUGAAAAAACAGUUGAAUUAGCUGCAAAAAAUAAAAUCAAUGCAAAAAAUGCAUUUCAUUUUCCAUUUGUUGAACGAUCACCAGAAAUAUUAGACAUUAUUGUAUUUGAUGAUAAAACAGAUUCUUCUCAUGAUCAUCAUGAACCUAAUUUUGUUAAAGCUGGAUCAGUUAUUGAUACAAGAGAUAACAAAAAAUUAACACCACGUAUUAAACCAAAAGCAAGCUCUUAUCUUGUUACAGAUUUAUCAACAAUUUCAAUUCCAUAUGAAUUUGAAUUUCAUCCAUUUCAACCAUCAAAUAUGUGUCGAUAG